AUGCUCCUUCUUUUCCUUGCGCUGUUCGCUGGCGCCCAGCAAGGGACAGGUACAAGCAAUAAUGCUGAAGUACUGCAGCCAAUUGAACCCAGCUGUUUUUGGUUGUUCUUCUCAGAUGCUGUCCCGGACGUUGAGGGCCAUGUGUGCACUCCCUUUCAGGAAUGCGUGUUGAGCCUCAAUGGGACAGGUGCGACAGACAAACAGGUCACAGGCAUGAUUGUUCCUGAGGUUCAAUUCUCUUUUUCAGAUCUGGACCAAAUCAACUCUAUUGUGGUGUCCAAGAGGAGUGCUGGCAGCCCAUGUGCUCCGCCAGUCAGAGUGGCCGUCCCAUACGAUGGCAUCCUGUUGCCCACCAACGACGAAGGCUCUGAAUAUGACCCGCUGAAGAUCCUCUCAAGUAAUAUUCUCACGGGGGACGCAGUCGGCGUCUAUGAUCUCUGCUGGUGAGUCCCCAAGUCACGAAGGCACAGGAGGGCGGAUUGACUUGCUGCUUUCAGGUGUGCCGGGAACGUCACUUUCUGCCCCUUUUGGUCGAAGGCCGGAAUCCCGAGCUUCGACACGUUUGUCGGAAAUCUCACAGUGCGGGGUGAGGAGUGAUGCAACGCGCUCGAUUCCCUCCCCCUUUGUCACAAGCAGGCCCCGAUAAGACAGCCACCUACCAGUGCAGUGCCACAACGGACUGCUCCAUUAUCAUCGAAGGAAUCGGUACAUACAUCCGUUCGAAAUGCAAGUCCAUCGACUCGUGUGUCUCCAUCGAGCUGUCUGCAGCUUUAGACCAGAAUGACACUAUUCUGCUGUCGGCGACCCCAUGUGACAACGCGACUGAAGUCAGCUUUCCCGGCCUGUUUGGGUGGGGUCAGGACCUGGCCACCGCCAUUGCUGGCGGAACACCCAACUCACAGACCUAUGAAAUAGGCAGCAAAAGGCCGCGACUCGCAGGCGCAUUCCACCUCUGCUGGUGAAGUGGGCGAUCGGGCACGGCCUUCGCAGGAAGGGGACCUGUGUGGGUUUGUGCGUGUGUAGGUGCGGAUACAAAGACGAUUUGUCGGCGGAGUGUUCCUUUCCUAGUGACAGCGGUUUGUUCAAAGUCCCUGCAGGUCGUCUGACUGUGAAUGGUAUGCCACAUGCAUGUGAGGAGAGACACGAAGGAAUGCACUGGGUGCAAUCAGGCCCUCUGUACCGGGACUGGGCCUGCGCCGCCGGAAAGCAGUGCAUAAUCAAUGUGGAGGGCAUAGGUACACAUGCUCAAGUUCCGUCCUCGCUGUCUGUUCUCGUUUGUUAACGUCUGUCUGCCUGUCUGUCUGUCUGUCUGUCUGUGAAUUGCACAGGUCUGGCCGAUGGAGACACGAUGGUGGUUUCCCCAACAAACUGCACCAAUAUCACCGUUGUGGAGAACUCCACCACAUUGGCGUCGGGCGGGAGCGGAGAGACGUAUGACUUCGGACGGUAUGACCCACAGAUACUCACAAGAGCACAGAAGGGCACUGUUUGGUUUACUUUCAUUUCGGCAGGCCCCUUUAUAUGGGACUUGAUCCACUGUACCUGUGUUGGUCAGCCAAACGAGUGAAAUCCUCCAGCUGCUCAGCAGUCUCGCUGCCGUCUAUCUUUCCGUGCAGGUGUCCAAAGGGGGCUGCAUGCGAUUCAGAGUUGAAUUUUGGGAUCGAAGCAGGCACAAUCACUGUCAGUGGUACGUGCAGAAGAUGCAACCGUGCCCACCAUUGCAUACUUUACGUGUCUCUUGUCUGUGUGGACAGGGCCUGAUGGCAAUGCAGAUAUCACAUGCGUCGCUGGCCGAAAUUGCACCGUCACAAUUGCAGGCACAGGUGUGAAUUCACACACAGAAAGUGGAUCCACUCAUCAGCGGUAGCAUUCAUUACUCGCUUCGAAUUCUGCUGCCCGCUUGCAGGUCUGACGGACGGCGACACGAUGCUGCUUUCUGCUGGCGGCUGCGCAUCGCCAACGAAAAACUAUUUUGGUGGAGCCGACUUGGUUGACGUCGCAACAGCAUCUGGAGGGGAUGGGCUCACAUAUGAGUUCGGCAUCGCCAAGCAGGGCGUCGCAAGCCUCUCGCUGUGUUGGUAUGUGUGUUUGUAGGGGCACGAGUCUGCUGCUGGGCGGGUGGAUGCUUGUAUCUGUGCAUAUCUAAUGUGUGUGUGUGCAGGUGUAAAGGCCCGUGCGAUCCAGAUGCACGACCAGGGGACUUCAUCGCUGAAGCUGGCAGCCUGACAAUUUACGGUACUCAUGAGAAUGGGCGAGAAUGCUGCUCGGUGGGAUGGUGACGCCACACUCAUUGAAUGCUUGUCUUCACAAAAAUACAGGGCCGAGUGGCACUGACGAUAUUGUCUGUAUUGUCCGGCAAGACUGUCCCAUCUCCGUCACAGGGACUGGUAGGCGGCCUUGAUUGGCAUCAGCGUGUCAUGGCUGGACUUGUGUCUCGGUGGACGUCCAGGGCUGCACGAGCUGGACAGUAUCCUGGUGUCUGCGACGUCAUGUGACAGCCCGACCGAGGUCAGCCCUGACGGUCUCUUCGGGGCCAGUCAGGACGUCGCGAUCGCCAUUAGCGGAUCGGCAAACUCAAGAACCUAUGAAAUCGGCAACAAAAGACCGAGAAGAGAAGGGGAUUUCUUCCUCUGCUGGUAACAGAGAAUCGCGCAGGCACAGAUAAGGCAUACAGGCAUGUGGUACCACGGGUUGUGCAGGUGCGGAUAUCAGACGUUCGAGUCGAUGACCACACCAUUUCCUCCUCCUGAGGCGUGUGACCAUGACGACCCAACUCUCUUCACCGUGCCAGCCGGCAUGCUUGUUGUUCAAAGUGAGUCAGACGACCUAUGUGAGAUUGAGGUGCCGCAUUCAACCCCCUUGCUGUCUAUGUCGUGCGUCAGAUGAUAUUUCCGAGUUCUUGGCAGCUGGUCACAUUAGGAUCGAAAACCCAGAGGGACAGACGGAGGACAUUACUGUGGUUUGCCGCAUGCCGGCGGCCACGACAGUGACUUGUUCGCGUGCCAGGUAUGGCAAGCGGAUCACGCUGACAGAGGGCAGCCCCAUAACCGAUGUCGAGGGCACGAGCUUUGAUGAUGUGCUGAGGGGCAACUCACGGGCCAACACGCUUACCGGCGCGGCGGGGAAUGAUGUCAUUGUCACUGGAGGCGGCUUGGACGGUGAGUUGACGCGUACCCACCCAUACACAGAGACACUUGCUCCCCUCGUCCCUUCGUGUGUUGGUUCAGUGUUGAUCGGCAAUGCGGGAGCAGACACUUUGUGAGUCAGCCCACUCACCCUCUCUGUGUGCGUGUGAUUAUAGCAUACCCUUCCUCUGCCUGUCCUGUCUUCAGUGUGAUAUCUAACGUGGCUGGAGACGUGACCGUGCCAUCAUUCGACAGAGGGUCUGGCAGCAAUGAUGUGCUGGACCUCAGUGCCUUCAGGGACAUCACGAGCAUGUUAGCCCUCAUGUCUCGCGUCAGCAACGGUAAGAGGUAUGGCUGAGCGGGGAACCCAUCUCGUCUCCUCUCUCUCUGCCUCCGAACAAUGAUCGCCAGGUAGUGUCGUUAUCCAAAUGGCGCCGGGGCGAUCAGUCACCGUCGCUGACCUCACGCCAGCCGACCUGAAGCCGAGCUAUUUCGCUUUCGCAUCCCCCGAAGACAAAGAAGACGACCGGGACUGCGACUCAGCCUGGUUUAUACUUUGGGGACUCUCUUCAAACAAGCGAGCUUGGUGCGUCGAGACGUGGGCGUCUAUUGCCAUCCUGGCUGGCGCGACGGUGCUCAUAUUGGUCGGUGUGUGUUGUGGCUGCUGGUGGUGCCGCUCUCCGGAGGGCCGCGAGAGACUAGCUGACCGAUGUCUGAGGUGUCUGUGUAUGAGGCCGGGGCCACAACCCGAACCCGUCGAGCCAUCCGAACCCUCAGUGAGGACUGAGAGGGAGGAAUUCAUCGAAACGAGACUCAAAGAGAGGUGCGCUCGCAUGAGACACUGCAUACAUCGGCUGGGUCUGUCUGAUCGAUCGUGCUGCAGGACUGUCGUGAGAGCUAUUCCCUUGGCACAAGGUACACACACACAGUAGGCAGCGGAUGACAGGAACACACGGGACACCGACAGAGAGAAGGACUUGAUGUUACACAGACAUCUUCGGGUUGGCCUGGAUAGCCCGCUACGGCGCCUACGCGGUGAGGCGGUACCUCCCUGACACGACGGUGAUGUGUGUCUCUCGAUGUCUCCUUUCUUAUGUUUGUUGGCAGGUGGUCCCCGGCAUAAGAAUGAAGGGGUGGGUGACUCACUGCAUGGAAACACACACGUCGAAUGGAAUUUAUGGCCACCUAUCGUUUCAUCACCUGUCUGCCCCCGUGUGUUCGCUUUCUCCCUGUCUGUCUGUCUGUAUGUAUGUAUGUGUGCAGGCAAUUUAAGGUUAAGAUCAGCAAAAUGUUUCCCCUCAUCCUCUGCCUUGUGGCGUUGGUUCUGCAAGUUGUGGCCUACGAAGCCCUCUUUGAUGUCAAUAAGACCAGCGAUUACAUCGUCAGAUUAUUCAAAGCCAGGUCAGUCACGGUCAAGGAAUAAACAGAGCACAACCACCCAGUUGCCCAUUUGCGUGUCUCUGUCUCCUUUUCUUUCAGGGAGAUCGAGGAGCUGGCUGAUGUGCUCAAAGAGGGAUUCGACGACUCAACGGAGAAUCCCUUUGACGCGAGGUUCAUCGCAGUCUAUAUCUUCACUUCCUUUGCACUGUCGGCUUUGGCCAAUCGGCUGCGUAUCAUCGAGCUGUGGCUGUUGGAGCACCGGCUUGUGUGGUGCGCUGACCCAGCUAUGAUGGGACGACACUUGUAAGCGAAUCUGAGAGUGAUUUCAAUUGUCACAUGACUACAUGUGUGUCCCUCCGUGGCUGACCGGCUAAACUGCAGCUAUCUGGUGCUCGGUGAUUGCCACCCUAAUUUCACCCAGGAGCAGCUCGCCCAGCUAGAUAUUGCCAACGUAGGCACGCCAACGAAUGGUCAUGUGUUCUGGGUCUAUCUCUGUGUGUCUAUGGUGCCUCCCUGCAGGUGUGGGAGUGGAUGACGGGUUUUCUGUGCCUUGCUCUAAACGUAGUGGAGGUGCUGUGGCUCUUCUUGUUCACCUACAGCGCCGUGGAAGUCAUCAUUCGCACGAUUGAGAUACCAGUACGCAUAACUGCCGGGCUCAUCUGCAUGCAUGGUGAUUGUGGAUUGUCGUCUUUGGCUUUUCGCCGCAGGAAAUAUUUGUGAUCACUGUCAUUCGUGAGUGAAUGCUCUGGUGGAUUGUAGGUCAUGUGCGUAUAUGAAUGCGCACAUGUAUUGUUUGCGUUUCAGGAAUUCUGGUCGUCGCGUAUCUCGACAGAGCCGUCCUGCACCUGUUCACAAGCUUCUUCGACAUGAUCAUUGCCCCCCGGUGCUGGCUCUUCCAGAUUGUUGCGUCAAUCGAGAAGAUGGCAGAGGCCCUACAGAGACGCAAGAGCACCCAGGGCAAGCUGUGGUUCUGUUUCGGUGCCUCUUUCGAUGUCGUAUUCGGUAUCAUCUUCAGGUGGAGCUCAGCAGACAGGCGAUUUUGUCCAUCACAAUUCAUUGUACAUUGAGACUCAUCUCAUGCAGGAUCUUUCUGCGGCUCCCCGUCGGCCUCAUGUUUGCCGUCGCCAUGUCCCCAUUCAUACGCUUGGGCGCGGCUAAGCUGCCAGACCAAUACUCCUUCAUUCCCUCCUUCAUUUCCGACCUGCUCGGCUGGGGGAUGCUGGCCGCCAUUGUGCUCUUCGGGCUGCUCACUCCGUUCAUCAACAGAACAUGUAAUUGAGGCAGGCCAACAACUGCAUGGGCGAUUCUUGGUGUCUCCGUCGUGACUGUGUAUUUAUAGUUGGCCACGUGACGAGAUUGGGAAAGAGAGAGUUCGUCGAUGACGGCGACCUUAAGGUUGGGACACACACAGGGUGACCACAAGGACGUGUACUGUGUGAUGGAUGCAAUUUCUGCAGAAGAAUUUCGACAGCCUGAUGACCCCGAGGAGUUUGAUGACCCCAAGGUCUGUCAAACCUCAAGAAGACGAUAACGUCUCGGUCAAGAGCGGCAAGAGCAGCAAGAGUGCAAAGAGCAGUAAGAGUGGCAAGAGCAAGAGGAAUCGGCCGCCGAGCGACGCCAAGGAGAGGGCAAGUGAAGGGUCCAUCACAGCGCAGCCCGCCAAACCGAAGACCACCACGAUCAUCAGUAUGCGCAGUUUUUGGUACCUCUGUGGGCUAUCCAAAUGCACUCGCCACUUUCUCCCUGUGUCGCUAUGUGUAUGUGUGCAGUCACCGAAGGCACGUCGUCUGUGACACAGGGACAGAGACAUGGACUUAUGGAUUGGUGUGUGUAUGUGUCUUCUUUGUUUCAGAUACCCGGAUUGA